AAGUGGGAUGGAUCAUGGGUGAGAUGCCGCACCUGCCCUCCGUCCACCGAGACCGACGGAACACUGCCGACGUCUUCCCUCGAUUUCCUUUCUCUUUCUCUCAGGUCGAGGGACUCUCCGUUCAAAUCGUUCAACAAUGCAUCAGACGCCGUCCCCGAGACUGCAGUCUUUCUGGCUUCUACAUCCCGCCUAGUUUCGUCCUCUCAUCGCGACAUGCACUCCGUCAACACUUCGUAGCAACGCUAUCCCACGCCCGAAUACAUCGCCAGGCCCUUACGAUAUCCCAAUAGUCCCAGCGGACACAACCGACGAGCUUUGCAGUUUCCGAAGGAAGGGUCAGCGAAGCAAGGGACAUCCGCAGACAACAUGGGCGACCACCAGCCGUACGUGACCAUUCGGUCGCGACGACCCGCCGAUGGGAACAGCGUGAGCAGCGCAGACUCGACUGUAGGUGCCAGGGUCUCGACACACCAGUCGAGAAGAGUACAAGUAAACUCACAAGCUGGUCAUGUCCAGUACGGGUCCAGCUCCGGCGAUGUGCCCCGCACCGCCACCCACGAUAUCAGCCGCGUGAGCUAUCAUGUGAAGCAUCUCAACAGCUUCGCGCAGACUUUGGAAGAUUCCGCAAACCGGGCAUUUCCCAACCGCGGGAGAUCUUCACAGCGAUAUAAGAAGGUCCAGGCCUUGCUGCUCCAUUGGGGUUGCGACGACCUCUUUGUGCUGCCCGAGCUAGAGGACCUGGAACGUUGUCUCCGCGAGGAUUAUGCCUUUGACACGGGAAUCUUCCCAAUUCCGUCAGAGAACUCACACUUGGAGCUCAUGAUGCAAGUGGGGAGGUUAAUCAAGGAUCAUGAGGCCCAAGACACUCUCUUUCUAGUCUACUACGGUGGGCAUGCCAGGAUAGACGAGUCCAGGCAGAGCACUUGGUGUGCAACACGGCAUCCCGACUCACCCUGGCUCCAAUGGUCAGCGAUACAGACACUGCUGGAACGUUCGGCGUCCGACGUUCUCAUCCUCCUCGACUGCUGCGCCGGCGCCGCAAGCGCAACCUUCCCCAACGGCAACAGUAUCACAGAGACCAUCUCCGCCUCAAGCUGGGAUGCUAUCGCCCCAGAUCCGGGUCGCUAUUCGUUCACCAACGCCCUGAUCGAGGUGAUGCAGGAAUGGCGCCUCCGCGCCUUUUCCGCAGCGAUGCUGCACGCCGAAGUCCUUGCCCGCUUGAAGCACCCACGUCCCGUCACCAUCAACGGCAAGCUUUUCGAGGCCAGGUCGACUCCUGUUCAUUUCAUGAUGACGUCUAACCACAAGGCGCCGAGCAUCGAGUUGUCCCGAGUCCUACCUGCUGAGAAACCACCGCCCUCGCCUCCGCAGGAAAACCCGGUGUCCGCAGACGGGAGUGAAGCGCCCGAGGGGGUGACCGGCGGGCGAGGGCCCGGUGCCCCCAUAUCUAGCGAGCCGAACGAGGAUACGCCUCACGUCAUGAUCUCGCUUGCGCUAGAGGAUGAUCAGCAGCUGGAUCUCAACGCAUGGGAACAGUGGCUAUCGAAUUUCCCAGCCUUGGCCAAAUAUGUCAAGGUUCAGGGCGUUUUUAAAAGUCACUCUACACUUCUUCUGGUUUCCAUGCCGGUGAUGAUAUGGGACCUCCUCCCUGAAGAUCAUGCCACCUCUUUUGUAGCCUUCAUCAGGUCGAACAACCUUAUGGCCCAUAAGACACAGAAAGAAGCGACCAAAAUUGAACUUUCAACAAUCAGAGGCUCCCGUGCCGUACCCGACAGCACACAGCCCGACUCUGCGUCGAUGAAUACGUUCUUUUCCGACACCACGUACACCUAUUCUCCAACGGAGACGGGUUGCAUCAUUGGCCAGCAAGUAGCGGGCCCACGAUCGUCCUCGUUAGGAGACAACACAGUCUCAAGGAGGCAUACAAAUGGACAGGUCACCGUUCCGCGGUCACCUCUAGCGUCGCCAUCCUCACCGCCGUUUGGCGACAGCUCCGAGCCGAUGCACUCUGCGAGUUCUCUGGGUUCGCUGGAAACACUCCAGCGCCAAAUUGCUUCAUCCUCUCAAGCCCCAUCUGAGGCGGCGAUCUCAAGGACGAUGAUACCCAAUCAGCAGAGGAGUGCCCGUAGGACUAUCUUCCAUGAUAUACCCGAGCCACCCAGAUUCUCGCAGCAUGUCGAGACGCUACUCCAACAGUACUACCGGCAGGAUUAUCUUCCCAGCGACGACCAGAAGAACUUUGUUGCCUCGAAUUUGGGUAUAGAAAUACGGCAUGUUGACGCCUGGUUUCAUCAUCGACGACAAAGGGACAUUGUCUCACAGCAAUUCCAGAAGCUCAGGGUGAACGAUCCAGCACCAGGAAUAGCACGAGGGGUCCAGAUGUUACUGCCGCAUCAUCUAAAAAGAAUCAUUGAGGUCCUGCCUCCCAACAGGAUACUAUUGAUUGACCUCCGAGCGCCAAGUGACUACGAAAAAUCUCACAUAAGAGGCGCCAUCAAUUUCCGUGCCCCCCUGAGCUUCGUCCAAGAAACCUCAUUUGACAUGAUCGAGCGCGCCUUCUCGGAUCACGAAAGCAGGCAAAAGUUUGGUGAAUGGCAGUCGACAGCAUGUAUGGUUUUCUAUGCACGGGCUGCGGACCUCCCAUGGGAAUGCCCAGUAGCCGACGUGCUCUACAGCAAAUUCAAGAGCUGGGGCUGGACCGGCCGUUGCUUUGUCCUUAAGGGUCACUACAAGGAGUUCAGCGUGUCCUACAGUGAAUCCAUCGCUGGGUCCAAGGUACCAGACGAGGCUAGGGCACACGCUGAAACCCUCCUACGAGACAGCAACCAGACAUGGACAUCUUCGGAGGAUGGUGACGCGGCGAGAAGAGCCCAGUACGAAGAGUUGUUGAAUCAGAUCGACAGUGAGAGUAGAGUGAGCUCGUCAUCGAGCCCCAAACCGUCGGCCAGCUCGGACCGCGGGGUAGCCAUGAAUCAGCAUGAACGAGACCUUGAAGCCGAAUUCCGGCGUCGCGUCCCAGACCUCUACCGCAAAGCCAUGGAAGUCCAGGGCGGCAGCAGCAGCAGCCGUAGGGCCGCUCCCGGCAUGCCACACGUCGCCCCUGUCGCCGGAGGCGAGACAUCAACAGCGGCACCAGAAGAAGCAACGUCAGGACAAACGAAAGCAGCGAGAUGGGACGGCUCACCGACGGGAAACUUUGCUGGACGUGGGGAUGGCGGAGAUAGAGGCGGAGGUGGCGACAAGGACAGCACCACAGCCUUUGGUCUUGACACAAAAGCGCCGCUUGUUGACUAUCUCGACAGAGGCCUCUCUCACAUCCGACAAGGGAGACCAUCUGACGCAUCUGUUGCCGCUUCUACCACCGCCUCCCCUGACAAGACAAACACAAACACCACCACCACCACCAACACUCCCACAGCAGGAUUGUCGAAACUUGCCGCCGAGUGCUGCCACGCCGCCUACUUUGACUCGAGCGCGGCCGUCUCGACGCCUUCGGACGACUCGUAUGUCAAGAUCAGCAGGAGGGAUGCGCAGCAGGCGGGCGAUCACCCUUCCAUGCCCUCCUCCCCGUCAUCCCCCCCCCUGGUCCCGGGCCAAGGCCAUCACCACCGCCAGGGUCACCACGGCGGACUCGGAGAAAAAGACGGGACGACGGACGUUGUCGCUGUCGGUGGUGGUCCGUCCGGGGAUGAAACGCCCAAAAGGGGCCGGAGCGGUUUCCUUAGCAAGGUUCUGCGACGAGCAUAAAUUUGAAGGAGAGUUACCUGUGAUGUGGUGGUGCCUGAUCUAAUGAGCAACAUGGAACUUGCCUGAAGGUGAUGUGAUGGCCUUGGCGUUCGUCUCGACGGUGCCUCGUUGUUCGUGGUGUUCUGACUUGGUUGUCUCUCUUGUCAAGACGUCCCAUCGACGAGGGAGGGGGGUGGGAAGAGGGUAAACGCAAUCAAGACUGACUUCUCAACACCACAUUCUUCUUCACUUGAUGUUUUGGGAUCAGGGACAGGAUUUCACAAACACCGGCAUACUUUCGGUUUGACCUGAUCUGGUCGUGUAUGUACGAUGUAGGUUCAGCGUUCCUGUCCGAGUUUUGAAUGACACGGCGAUUCAAACCAAAGGUUACUGGAAGGGGAGGGUGGUGGUGGUGGUAAACACCGGUGACGUUCGGAGAACGGAAGCGUGUCCGCGCCAUACACCGUACUGUUUCUUGUCAAACACCGACCAGAUCGGGAAAGGAUAUCGGGCAUGGUAUACAGGCAUGGCCUCUGCUGUACCUUUUCUGUCUCUCUCAUGUUUCCAUAUUUCACUUUCGCUCUCGCUCUCUUCCCCAUCCAACGGCUCGAUCCCGCCCGCCCGUCCAAUAGUCGCAUCUUUCCGUACAUACCCCUUUCUUAUCUGCUAUUUACCGGGUAUGUCGUGGAGAGAAGACUUGCAUAUUUGUUUGGAGAUAUAGGCGAGAACAACGCUCUUGCUUGUCCUUUGCCUAAGGGGUGACUGGGGGGAGGAGGAUAGCUCUAAGGAUACUCACAUCCCAGGGGGCUGUUGCAUGGAUGGGCUAGAGUCAAAAUGGUGAU